AUGCCUACUAUCGGAUCCUGUGCAUUUUGGGCUGAUCAGGGGUCAGUAACUUUUGAUAGAAAAAUGCAUUCGUAUGGUGGUGGAGCCAAGAUCUUAGAAGAUUUCAGAAGAUGGAAAGCAAUGUCAACAUCUGAAAAAACUGUUACGAUUGUGAAAGAUAACAAAUACAAGAUACUCAUAGGUACAUGGUUAGGUUCCCUUUAUGGGAAAUGGGCCUAUGUAGAGAAUAACAGAAUAAUGGAUGCUACGCAAAAGGCUGUCAGAAUUAAGAACUUUGGUAUUGCCAGUACUGGGAUUCUUGCAUUGGGUAUAUUUUCGCUUAUUAUGAACGGAAGAUAUCCCAAGUCACAAUCUUCUAGUGCUAGCAAAGAAUAG